UAGUGAGAGAAGUAUAUAUUGUUUCACUUUAAUUUAUUACAUCAAUGUAUACUAAUUUAGGAAGUUUCUCGAAAAGAAACAAACUUUCGCGUUAAUAAGGUACAUAUAAUCUGUCGUAAACUUUGCGUUAACUUCCAAUAUUCCAAGUGAUAACGAGGAGUUCGUAGUUUGUUACUUUCAAAUACAAAUCGGAUUAUCAACACGCGAGAACACAGCGAAAUGCUUGUAAAUAUCUUAUUAGUGUCCCCCAAACAAGAACCUAAUCGACCUCUAUAUUGGCAAACAAGAACCUAAUCAACAUCUAUAUUGGCAUAUACAUAAUAUUCUUAAAUCGGCGCGCACGAUGUGCUUCACUCAUUGUUUCUGAAUCGAUACUAUAAAUAAAGCAUUCCGAGAAGCGUCACAGUUUAAAGACAUUCUGUUCAGAAAAUAAUGACGCAAAACAGACCAGAAAUACUUGAAUCACCCGUUUUAAAUUAUAACUACUAUUUUAAUCCAAACAUCUGUCACGUUUGUAAGGAGGAUUGCGUGUAUCAAGAAUGUCCUGCAUGCCGCAAGAUCUAUUACUGCAGCGAGGAACACAUGAUGCUGCAUCUGCCACAACAUCGGGAGAUCUGUGAGGCUAUAGUCAAAGUAAGUAAGAGCAGAGACAUGCUCAACUUCCGUGGUACGACGAAGCAAUGGAACAAUUUUAAGAAAGAGAAUAUGGAAGCUGUCAAGCAGGAGCUACGCCGCGACUUAGCUCCGUACGAACAACAAAUGUUCUUGUUCGCAAAGUCGUGUCGCAUUUGCCAUCUGCAAGAUAACCUGCAAGUCAUUUGUCGUCACUGCUUAUACGGCAACAUGUGCAGUGAUCACAUUUUGCUUUUUCAAAAGGACCAUAACUGUGCAAAUAGACGACAAUGUUUUAUGUUAGAUAUCUCUCAAGCUAAACAGGACCCUAACAAAAGAGUGUUAGGGAAAAUAGAUUCGUAUAUAGACCCAGACACUAUUUAUGAUACAGAAUCAUUUCUACAACUGUGGAUGCGAGAGGCAGAAGUUUUGCAGUUUUUUCAUCUUGAAUUUACUGAUUACUUUUCUAGACCGUUGACAUUGUUUUACGGAUUGCGAGACGCUAAUUUGUUACGCAAUAUGCCAUUGAGGACUACCCUCGUCAUUCAUAUUAUAGACGGAAGCUUUAACGAUAUAAAUAGUUUAUUAGCUUGGGAAUUCCUUUUACAUCAAUGUGGUCCAGCUGCAAAGAUACUAAUUAUAAUGAUAGGUCCAGAUUUGCAAGAGAAAUGCCAUGACAUUGAAUUAUGUGAUAUUUGCUUGAGCCAAGAAAGGACACUUCAAUAUAAGUAUUAUCGUAAUUUCUAUCACGAUUACGUAGUUAGUAGGGACUUACAACCGCCACAUGUGAUUAUAGGAUUCAACGCAGAAUUUAGUGAUGCGGAGAUAAUGACGUCCACUAUACAAGCAGUGCGGCGUCAAAACUGCAUCUUUCUUCUAACGACUAAAUCGGAAUAUAAAGCGAAAGAGUAUAUAAAUAAGAUACAGAAAAUAUUGGACAGGUCCGCCUUAAUACCUGUUAUUAGUACAAAAAAUAAUUUCGUAUCUUGGAGACAAUAUAGAAACCAUGAGAAUAAUUAUGUUUUUUGUCCUAAUCACUAUUUAAUUAUAUAUGUGGACUUAAUGUUUAUAAGAGAACCAAUCCAAGUCAGCAGCAAGUAAAUAUGAUUAUGUCAUCACUCUGGUGACUGUACAAAUGAUAUGUGUUUGAAAUUUUUAAUUAAUGAUUACAAUUUUUCUUUACGAGAUUUGUUGAGUUUUAAAUAUGUUAUUAAAAGAGAAAGUGUAACGUAUUUGAAAGUGUAACGAACGACGAAUUCCUAUUAAAAGAAAAUUAUAUUGAGAACUUUUUAGUAAUUUCUAAAUUAGCUAUUGCUGUUCUCUGAAAAUACUAUGAAAACUUCUAAAAAAAAGUACUGAUUAUAUUUUUAAUAAGUAUUAUGAAUCUGAUAUUUCUUUAACAUUUAAUGUAGAGUAAUGUUCAAUAUUAUCUCCAGAGAUUGAUGUCUCGUGGGUUUGUUAAUAUUUGGAAACAAAUCGAUGAGCAUGUGACAUCACCCAAAAGUCAAACCGAGAAUUAUGAAAAUUGAAAAUAUUUUCAGAGGUACAGGAUUAUAUAAGAAUUAUAUGUAUAGGAGUGAUGAUAUAUUUCUUUGUAAUAAACAUUUAGUUAUCUAUGAUAUGAUGUUAUAAUAAUAUAAACUAAUAAUAAAAAUUUUUAAAGCGAUAAAAUUAUAAUAGCAGCUCCCGCAUAUGAUUGUUUUGUCAUUUUAACAAUAUCAUUAUAAAUAGUAAAUGGAUUUUUUUAUGUAAAUAUUCCAAAUAUAUUCAAUAAAACAUAUUUUGAAAAGGCGUUUUUUUAAAUCAUAGUUACUAUUACUACCUGAGGUACUAUCAUAUAUUUUUGGCUUACUAAGAAAGAAUUAAGCUUAUAGAAUAAUUUAAUAGAAGAGACUCACAAUUUAUUAUGCAUUUUUUCGCGGAUCUAGAAGGAAGAUGAUGACGAAAUCGAAAUCCUUGAAGAACGCAAAUGUAUAAAGUGUAUGACAAUCUUCGAUUGCAAAGAUUUUUCUUGCCGAACAUUGAUUUUCUUCACUGCCCUACAAGUUCGAUAGUACUUGCUUAAUGUAUAACCUAAAUUUCGGGCAAGCUACGCUGCAAUUAAGCGAAAAGAUUGGUUCAUGUAGGACGAAAUUCCUUUAACUUUAAAUACAUUUUCCUUUAAUUUUAAGACUGUGUUUAGAAUAUGUUCUUUUUAGUUUUACAUGAAUCUUCUUGAGAUUAUAUAUAAGAGCAAAAAUCUCUGCAGGA